GCUGCUGCAGCCAAGAGGUAUUUCGGAGGAGAUCUAUUUCUUCGGAGGAGAUCUAUUUGGCGCGGGCUUCUGGGGGCAUUCACAUAUCGGUUGGAACGGGAGGUUUGGAUCUUGGCGGCUCUCGGUUGCAUCAAAUUUGGGCCAUGUCAUCCGAGCACAAGUCGCCGGAGACGGAAGAGCGCCUUGGUGUCGUCCGCAGUGAAGGAUCUACUGGCGGUCAGGUCGAGUCGGCAUUGGGGACGGGAGGGGGUUCGUUUCCUCCGUCUCAGGUUGUGGCGGGCGCUAUUGCGGCGGCCGCGAGGGCUGCUGCCGGUGGCGUGGAUUCACCAGCAGGUGACGUGGCUUCAACAACGCAAUCAUCCGCAGAUGUUGGUGUUGCUGAGAGCAGUGGGUUUCCGACUCAAAGUCAUGCUCGGGCCUUGGCUUCCAGCGGGGACCGCCAGCCGGAGCUCGGGCGUGCGGAUGACCAAGUCCAGGCCCACGUCAUGUCUCGUUUGGCCCAUAUGUCGGUGGGUGCUGCGGCGGGGGGGGAGCCCAGCAAGGGCACCACGCUCGCGUCUGAGAAUGCGGAAAACAUCGCUCGUCUGGAACAGGGCCAGACGAACAUUGUGGCCCAGCUUACCGAGAUCGCUGGGUUGCUGAAGAACUUCCGGCCGGAGUCGGGGCAGGAUGGGAGUCGUGGGCCCGGGGGCUCGGGAGGCCUCGGUCUGGUGCCGGCGUCGUCGCCGUGGGGCGGGGGCGCGGGCGGGGGGGCGAGUGUGCCCGCGAGGUCCAACGCCAAAGAGGAGGCGAGGAGGGAGGCCACCAUUUGGCAGGCCAAAUAUAAUCAGACACUCUGGGUACUUCGGGGGCAGCGGGGGCCGGAGCCCGGGCCACAGAA